AUGACUACUCUGCACUAUCUCCCUCCCGUGAAGCCCUCCGCUAUUGCGCUGGGCACAGUCUUCACCCACACUGCCUCCCUGGGCAUACUCGCCCCCGUCUUCGGAGACACCUACCACCGCGCUCAGGCUGCCAACUCAAAGGAAGAGUUCAUCAAGUCGAAGGAGGCUGCCGGUGCCGCCGCCGCCUGGGGAAGCUCCCUUGCUGGAAGCGCCGUGCAGACCUAUGGUGUAGCUGCAUUGAUUAACGCCACUGGCACCCUGAGCUACAAGGGUGCGGCCUACCUGGGAACACUUAUCUUCUUCGCAACAUCUGCCCCAAGUCUCGUGAGCCAAGUCUUCACUGAGAAGCGUCCCCUGGACACUGUCGCUGUUGGUGCCGUUUCGAGAGUAUUUGAAACCGUUGGACUCAGCUUGUUCUUGACUUGGUGGGGAACACGCACUCACCCCUUCGACUAA